ACGAGACAGUGAUAGCUACAAGCGGUUCGUCAAACCUGACAAAAACAAUAACAGUAAGCCUUCUGCAACGCGUAUCAUCUUUAAAAUCCGCGACAAGUAAAAAGGGAAAAAAAUAGCCCUCAAACAUGAGUCAUCACGUCGUUCAUAGAUCAAACUUACGUCGCACCUGGAAAAGCCUUGAGAACCUGAACAAGUUUGCAAUGGAGGUCCAAGAACAUAGUAAUCGCAAAGGACGCGGUACAGCCUCGCAACCACGAAGGCGGUCUUCCUCAGAAAGCUCGGACGACAGCGUGCGAGAUGAGCGAUCCCUUGAGCGAGAAGACCUGGAGUACAUAUUGGAGUCGGUGGAAAAGUUGAACAGCACGUGUGCGCGGCUUGAUAGAUACGGCCAUGGCGUGCCGUGUAUAAGACCCGUUCGAGAUCUGUGUAGUAAACUAAGACUACAAUUAAACAACGAACACGGAUCGUUCAACCGCACAUUGGAGGAACUGGCACGCGCGUCUGUACCGGGAAACCGCGCGAUCGUGGAGUGCGUGGACGAGAUACGGAAUGCAGUGAAUCGAGUCGCGUAUGAUGAGUCUGAGUACAUCCCUCGACUGGAAGACAUAAAGCAGUAUCUGGGAGAGCUGAGCGGGAUUAUCAACACUGUACUGCAACUUGUUUAUCAGGACUGUAAAUAGAAAGCACAAGUUAAUCGCAAUAUUGCAAUAUAUUUAUGAACGUUCUAUUUGUAGUGUGGUAUACACCAUAUAGUUUUAGAUAAAAUAUUUUUACGGUAUUUUUAGUAUUUAUAUAAAAAACUUAUAAAGGGCGAAUAUAUGUUGCCGUAUAACAAUCGAGGAAUUGUCUAAUAAAGUAAGAUGAAAUUACA